GACGUGCAUUGGGAUGCUUCACCUUCUCUCUCCGUGAAGAGACCGAAGGACCCGCCUAAUCUGCCCCGUGGUUUGCCAGCUGUGACCCCACCCUGGGCCUCCGACGGAAGACCGGAAGUUGUGCAAUACAUGAGUGGCUGACUCUCUUGGGGCGCGAAGGCGCGACGCCCCUCCUGGGCGGGGCUUGAAUCUUAGAGAUCGGAACGGAGGCGCGAACCAUGGAGAGAUAUGCCUAGAGCAACACCCUCCCAGCGGCUGAUGGCUUUUUUCCGCUAAGGAGCGGAAAUUCCGGUUGCUUUGCGGGACUCUUUGGUGUCCCGGUCGCCAUGGCGUCGCUGGGUGAGGUUGCCGCUUUGAUUUUGGUAGCAAUUCUUUGGGGAGCCACCAAUCCAUAUUUGAAAAGAGGAACUGAGGGUCUGGAGCAGGUAAAGAGAGAAAGCAAACCUCAGCAGAUGUUGGCAGAAAUAAAGUUCCUUUGUCUGAAUUACAAGUACAUGGUGCCAUUUGUACUAAACCAGUGUGGUUCAUUCAUCUACUAUCUCACAUUAGCAUCCACAGACCUGACCUUGGCUGUGCCUCUUUGCAAUUCCCUGGCCCUGGUCUUCACAAUGGCAACAGGGAAAGUUCUCGGAGAAAACGUGGGUGGCACAAGGGCUGCCCUGGGAGUGCUGCUGACCGUCUUGGGCAUUGCUGUCUGCAUAGCUGCGUCUGGGCCCAAGAAUCCGUGAGAUGUCUCAGGAGAAGAGGGGAAGGACCAUUCUUGUCUGUGCAAUUGUCAACUCCAUUCUCAAGAGUUGCAGCCAAGGGCAAAAAACCCACGACUCCAUGUUGGAGAGAGUGUGGUUCUUCCUAUCCCAGCUAGCCCUCUUCCAUGUACUUGGGUUCCAGAGGGCCCUGGGUCCCCAGACCUUGUCUUGAUGUUCCUGUUAGCCAAUCAGCAGCAGAAACCUUGGGGGCCCUGAGGUCGCUUUAACGGAAGCAGGGAGCUCAGAAGCCUUUAAGCUAGUGCAGGAAUAUCAGAAACAGCGACAGGAGAUGCCCAGACCAAGCUGAUGGGAGAGCAGGAGCAAUCGCUACCAUCAAAACAGGGCCUGAAUAGGAGCUGUGCAGUGUGAAGGAUGGAGGAGCGCUUUCCGGCAGGGAAAAGGUUUGCCAGUUCCACCCUUCAGAAGUUUGAAUCGCCUGCAACUGGCGUGAGGUGCUGCUCACACCAGAGCAGUACCUGGAGAUGCAGCAUCAGAGGUCUAGGUUAGGCUUCAAAAGCCCUUGCGAUUCUGGCAGUACAGAGUGACUCCCAAGUCCCCUAGCCCUGGUCCUCUAGCCUGGCUGGGGGGAUUCUGGGAGUUGAAGUCCACACCUCUGAAAGUUGCCAAGGUUGAAAAACCCUGCUCUAGCCAUAUGAGAGAUCCAUGUGCCAUAUGCCUUUUCAGUGAAUAGAUCUGAUUCCAUGAUUAUUUCAAUGUAUUAUUGUUAAACAGUCUUUAAAAAUAUUUAUUACUGUG